CUACAUUCGUUAAUACCACUCCAACAAACCUUCACCUUCAAACCCAAACCACAAAAACCCCAAACCCCAAAACCAUCAAAAUGCGUGCUGCCGCUUUCGUCGCUAUCUUCGCUGCCACCGCCAUGGCCCAGACCGGCGGUCACGCCUCUCCCACCAACGGCACCAACGUCACCAGCACUGGCAAGCCCACCUCUGCUCCCACCAACGCCGCCAACUCCCUGAGCCAGAACGUCCUCCUCGGCGUCGGCGCUGCUGCCGUCCUCGCUGCCGCCCUCUAAGCGACUGGCAGUCAAUUUUUUUUU